AUGCCAUUGUGGGAUGUUGAUGAACUUGAGAAGGGGUUCUAUUGCACACUUGGACCUUCUGAUAAUAUUGAAGAAGAAUAUGAAAAAUGUGGUCUGAACAUGGAUGUUAUUCGGAAAACUAUUGGGGCAGUUGCCACAGGGUCAGAUAACAUUAGUCAUAGGACAUUAUCACACUUAAUUAUUUAUCAAAAUAAUGAACAAAGCAAUGACAGAAGAAAAACAGAAACUGAAUUCUUACAAGCAAGUGAAGGUGAAGGACAAAUAUCACCAAUGAGAGGUACAUUAUUUGAAGGCUUUGCACACAAAUGUCUCCAAAAUGGUGGGACAUUCACUGUACGUAGUUUGAAGAAUAAGGCAUCCUUGCCAAUUUCAAUAGUUCUGCAACAGAGAACUCUCAAGUGGUUUCGUAAUACGCAAGAUAUUUCUCCGUCCAAUUGCUUGAAAUUUUCCAAGCAGUGA